CAAUAAAAGCCAAAAGGCCUUUAAAUGCUAGAAAACGGUACGCGUGCAUUUGUUGUAUUAGCACGGCACCGCCUGCAUUAUUACAUCGCACAGAGGUAGAAGUUGCCAAAGAGUUUCAAUACAUGACUUCUAGACGUUUGGAUUAGCCUGCUUAUAUAAUUCAAAACCAGACGAAAAUCACGAAGAAAUAAGUUAUAUUCAGUGUUUAUAGAAGUUGUAUUUAAUUGCUCGAACAGUGCUCAUCGCGACCGUCUGGUUGAGUUAGCGAUGUGUCAUCUUAACGCCAAACUCCAUAGCAAAAUGGACCAUUUGUUGUUUCUUGCCUGUGUAAAAAGUAAACAAAACGCUGUCGGGUGCACUCAAAGGUGGUUUCCGUAUUGUGGGAAACCACUCUUCAAUUCGGCUUGCAUCUCUAGGAGACAAAUCAGCGUGCAGUCAUGUGGCCUUUGGUCUGGACGGCGAUGCGCACCUACGCUCCUUACGUCACUUUCCCUGUGGCCUUUGUUGUGGGAGCCGUGGGCUACCACCUGGAGUGGUUUGUCAGGGGGACCCCGAAACCUCGAGAGGACAGGAGCAUCCUGGAGCUGAGGGAGGAGAGGAAGCUGCAGGAACAAAUGGGCAUGGACAGCACCCAGGUGCUCAGCCUAAAGGACAGACUGGAGUUUGCACCCAAAGCGGCUCUGAACAGAAACCGCCCUGAAAAGAGCUAACCCGAGUGGGCGGUAUGGAGACUGGUUUGUUUAGUACCAAUGGAGAGCGGUGGUGUAGGGGGGGGGGAGAAAAGGGGUUGAACCAGAGUGACAAAACACUCGCUCUUGCCAUUUACUUUACCAACACAAUGUCACUCCUGCCACCAAGAGGCAUUAGCAUACGUGUGUAAAUAUCAGACACUUUUAAGUUAGACAGCUGAUAAGAAUAAAGAAGGCAUUCUCAGUCUGUUAAUGUGUUUUUUUUAACCAUCCCUCUCACGUUGCUCUUGCCUGUUUGUGCAUGGAUGUAAAACAAAAGCAAGACACUGCAACAACAAACUCUAAAACGUGGAACCUCUGGAUGAUUAAGUCAUUUCCUUGCUUUAUUAACAUCGUAUUGUUGCUACUAUGGCACAAACAUGUUGUGUCUUUGCAGGUAAAUCUCACAAAUGUUAGGCUACUUGUUUUGUCACUUUCCCUUUGUCACAUUGUGUUUCUCCUUUUUAAUGUUCUGUGAACGUCGAGGAAGGACGUCAGAUUGUCAACAUGAAAGCAAAGAAAGCAAGGCGUGUGUGUGUGUGUGUGUGUGUGUGUUGUGUUAGUUCUUUUUAUCUCGGCUAUCCUGCGAUGGUAUGUGACAAUAAGCCAACAGUAGUGUGGGAGGUCUCUCAGGAAGUUUAAGCUGCUUAGUCCUAUAGCCUGAAACAUCCACACAUUUGUAUUUUAAAGGGUCCACAGUUUGUGUGGUUGUGUUUUGAAAAGUGUGAUAAAUAAAGGAACGUGUUUUCACGCCUCUCGCUGUAAACUCAUCAGUUAAUGUGGGCAUUUUUCAAGAAUAAUAAAGAAAUAGACAUGA